UCACGUGACACAGCCAACAUCUCCGCCCGGCACAUCUGCAAAAUGGAGGACUGUGAAUCUAAAGAACCAGAGCAGCUCCGAAAGCUGUUUAUCGGAGGUCUCAGUUUUGAAACCACAGAGGAGAGUUUGCGGGCUCAUUUUGAGCAAUGGGGAUCUCUCACAGACUGCGUGGUGAUGAGGGAUCCUAACAGUAAGCGAUCCAGAGGUUUUGGUUUUGUAACAUAUUCCUCUGUAACUGAAGUUGAUGAGGCCAUGAAAGCAAGGCCUCAUAAAGUCGACGGGCGAGUCGUUGAACCCAAGAGGGCCGUGUCCAGAGAGGAUUCAAACAAACCGGGAGCACAUCUGACGGUGAAGAAGAUCUUUGUUGGUGGUAUCAAAGAGGACACAGAGGAGCACCACAUUCGGGAAUAUUUUGAGAAAUAUGGAAAGAUCGACUGUAUCGACAUAAUGGAGGAACGCUCCACAGGAAAGAAGAGAGGAUUCUGCUUUGUCUCUUUUGACGACCAUGACACUGUGGACAAAAUAGUCGCCCAGAAAUACCACACAAUUAACUAUCACAACUGUGAAGUCAGGAAAGCUCUGUCAAAACAGGAAAUGAAUGCGAUAUCCAGUAACCGAGGAAGGAGCGGAGGAUCAGGAAAUUUCAUGGGCAGAGGUGGAAAUUUCGGAGGUGGUGGCAACUUUGGUCGAGGGGGCUAUGGAGGACGUGGUGGAUAUAAUGAUGAUUUUGACAGUGGUCCAGGAGGAAACUAUGGCGGAGGACCUGGUUAUGGAGGUGGCCGAGGGGGUUACGGAGGUGGUGGUCCAGGCUACGGAAACCAGGGGGGAGGCUACGGUGGCAGUGGUGACGGAGGUUAUGGAGGUAGUCGAGGAGGAUAUGGCGGAGGAGGAAACUAUAACGACUUUGGAGAUUAUGGUGGACAGCAGUCAAACUAUGGGCCAAUGAAGGGAAAUAACUUUGGUGGCAGGAACUCUGGUGGACCCUAUGGUGGCGGCUACAACUCCGGAGGCAGUGGUGGAGGCUACGGCUCCCGGCGGUAUUGAACACAGCAUGUUUUUGAUGUGGAAAUGGGCAUUCUCUUCUUGCUGAAAAGCUGUAAAGACCUGAUAACAUGGAAGGUUCUGGAUGGGUAAGACAUUUUCUUUGACAUUAUCCAAGGUUUUAUUAUGUUGAGGAUUUGUGUCCUAAAGAUGACAGAAUGAUGCAGUUGGUUCCCUCUCAUUGUCAGCCAGAACUUUGUAGUAACAUAGCACAUCUUACAUGGGGAGAUAAAUCUUUAUUGAAAGCGAUCUAAAUUCUGUCACAUCCCUGUGCAGAGAACGGGUUUUGAGGGGAUUGGCUUCUGUUUGAAUUAUGUCCACUGUAUUGCUGCUCAGUCUUUAUCUGUUUGGCCUAAUUAAAAAAGAAUAAUUAAAAUGGAAGCCACAAAAGCAUCCAGGUAAAGUAACAUUUUAGGUAAUCGACAAAAUUUGAUUUUAUUAUAUUAACCAACCCGCCUAAGGCUUAAUUACAUUUUCUGUUAUAUAGAUAUGCAGCAUUUUCAUUGAGGUGCUGUCUGACGCCUAAUGUUUAAUAUUGUAACACGUUAGAAAACCAGAAAAAUUACAUGUUUAAAGCUUCUUAAUCAAAUUAACACAAUUAUUUAUUUAGUUUAAUUUAUCUGGCCCCUAAAAAAUGCAGUUUGUAACUUCUUUAAAUUUGCAAUAACCCCUAAUUUAGGCCAAAAACGGCAGUAUGCCAAACAGGUUGAGACUGAUCUGUUUUGACAAACGGCGUCCCCCCACGUGCGGCUGCCAGACAGUUUUAUAGUGGCAUGUGGAACAGUCUGUUCUCAACAACGUUCCUCAGCUCAACACCAGCAUGUCAGUGUAGAUGAACUGCUCUG